AUAUCCACAUGGGGUGAAGCAGAGGAAACUCCCCAUCAGUUCAUAUUUGUGUUGUUUGCAUUAAGCCCUCUGGGAACUGGUCGCCUUACGAGUAGUUCAGUCCAAUGUCGGGUUCCUCAAAAAAAGCCACAAGAGAAAAAAGUGUUAUGGGGAUUUAUUAGGAGAAAAAUAAUAUUGUAUUAGUCGAUUGGAAGUACAUAUUAAAAUUGUGGAGAUGAGCUAAGUCUUAUUUUGUCUGUACAAGGUUCUCUGGUUAUUACUGAGUAGAAUUUUAUGAAGAGAAUAUACAUUUUUGAAUUGACGCUUCCCUGUGUGGACUUCAACACCAAUCCCAACUGCUGACAGGAUGUCCUGUUAUGCGUGUGCGUGCAUGUGAAUGACAUGGGAGGGGAAGAAACCCUCAACAAGAGAUGGCCUGGACAUCAGUGCUGGAACGAGUCGUCUCGUGUCUGCAGGUUUUAAACAGAAAAGUCUCCAGAAGACAGCGCGGCUUCGGGAGGUACCUGGCAUCUUUAUCACCAUCUCACUCAUCAUCACACCAAGACCAUGAGCGGCCACGAUCAAAACCACUCUCUGGACCUCUUAAAUGGCACGCUGUGGUACAUCUCCGGGUGCACCCUUCAGCUGGAGACCGCUGGGGCCUACCGGCGCAUCGCCCUCUUCCUGAUCUACCUUUUCAUCUUCACCGUGGGCCUGCUGGAGAACGGCUUGGUCGUCUGGGUCAACUGGCGCCGACGCCACUCGGCCAAUGGGGUUCUCUUCUGCAUCAUCAACGUCAGCCUGUCCGACCUGAUGAUGAUCGUUCUCCUGCCUUUCUUCAUGAUGGAGGUGACCUUGGACAAGGUUUGGCUGUGGGGACGCUUCCUGUGCAAGGUCACCAACCUGUUCUAUGUGGUCAACUUCUACAGCAGCUCCUUCUUCCUGGCCUUCAUGACCCUGGAGCGCUAUCUGUCCCUGACCAGACCUUCGUUUCCAGCCUUCUUUCCGGUGGUGGGUCGGCGCCGAUGGGUCCUCUCCGGAGGCCUGUGGGCGCUCUCCUUGCUCCUCGCUCUGAUGGAGAACGUCCACGUGGAUCUUCUGGACUGGGAGGAGCCGGGAUGCUACAUGAUACCCGAGACCAACCACGUUGAAUGGUACGUGGCCGUGGCUUUCCUCUGCCUGAUCUUCCAGUUCCUGGGCCCCGCCGCCGUGAUCAUCACCUGCAACGUGCUGAUGGCUCGCGCGGCCCAGACGGCGCCGGAUGUGCAGGGCCGGAGGGACGUGUGGCUGGUGCACGUGUACUCCCUGGUGUUUGUGGUGUGCUGGCUGCCCUACCACCUGGUCACCAUCCUGUUGGUCAUAGACGACAUCGACCCGUACAUCCUCAGCUGCAACACGCUGGAAGUCCUCUACUUCUCCCACAACGUGGUGCAGAGCCUGUCGAUGUUCCACUGCGUCGCCAACCCCGUCCUCUACAACUUCCUCAGCAAGAGCUUCCGCAGGAACCUGAUCAACACGGCGGUGGACUACAUACCCAGAGCGGGAGCUGUGGCCCAGGUGGGAGCAUGGGUCCAGGCCAGCGCUCCCACGGGGCGCGGGACAGACGCGGGGGAGCAGCAGCAGCAGCGCAAGUUGAGUAACGCCAGCACCAGCCAGUCUGACAUCGGAAUGUAACAAUUUAAAAAAGCAGCCAAGUGAGUCGUGAGAACUGAGUCUUUGUGCUUCAGAAUACCAGAUGUGUAAAUUUCACAAUGUAUCAUCUCUCUCUAUGAUGGGCUCGUAGAGCCUUUCCACUCAUAAUCCACUUCCUUUUAUUGAAAUAUAUCUGAUCACAACAUGGGAAAUGUUUGUUCUGUUUUGUUUUUUCUUCUAAGCGCUCAUCGCCCACAGAAAUGAUAACCUUUUAACAUCUGGUAAGGUUUCAAACUCCACCAAAGACGAUAUGCAUAUUGUAUAUGUGGUUGUAUGUUUCAGAUGCAGCAGAGUUGUUCUCUUUAAUAAGAGUAGAGCAAUACACAAGCUUGUUUAUUCUACUGAUACACUACAGCUGACACAGACUAUUCCAUUUACUUCCCUUUGUGUCAUUGGAAGGCAUCAUAGUCAACUGUUAAAAUGAUAACAAGGCAGAAAAAGGAAGUGGGGGUGUCAGUCCUCAGAUGGUACAAUGGCAGGAAGACAUCAGGCUUUGAAGAGGGCAGAGGUCACGAGGCCCUGGAAGAGGGAGGUUCACAAUGCUACGCAGAUUUCUGAAAUAGUGAUGAUGGACGGACUUUGUGGUUGAGGACACCGUCGACCAGUGAAGAGUUGAGAUUAACCGCUUCUACAACUGGUAAUCAGACGUUUCAUUGAUUUUAAACAUGAAGAAAUGUUUUUUUUCAGGGGACUCAUUUGUCUCCUCUAAAAACGUAACCAUUUACGUUUGUGUAAAAUAGUACAAGAACCGGGCCACUGUUGUUGAUUGGAAGCUUUAAUGUGGACUGAGUUAUGCUGACAUUGUUUUAUGAGUAUUCAUCAAAAAUCUGUUAAAAUAUUUUAUAAAAGCACUUAAUAAAAAUCAAAAAGUUGA